CAUCCCCAUCCUGCACUGCCCGCCCCAUAGCCCUGCCCAGAGCCAAUGGCCUUCAUUAGUCCCUGGCACUUAUCUGGGAACCACAGCCACUGACAGAAUUAUCCCAGCCCAUCUCUCUGCCUGCCCUGAGCCCAGCAGUGUCAUGGGGAACUGUCUGCACCCGAAUGUCCUCCAGGUGGCUGAUGACAACUCUACUAAGAUGGCCAUUGAAGACAAGAAUUGGAGUGAAUUUCUUGAGUUGUACGACGCAGACUAUAACUUCACCGAUGUGGAAGCAGCUGCGCCUUGCCACUCCUGUAUCCUGCUCGACGACUCCUCACUGCCCUUCUUCAUCCUCGCCAGUGUCCUGGGCAUCCUGAUGAGUGGAGCCGUCCUCUACGCGUUUCUCAGACCUCUGUUCCCCCGUCGGGUCUACCAGAACCGGUCUAUCCUGGUGCAGUUGGCUGUGGGCAGUGCUCUCUUCAGCAUUAUGGUGCCCAUCCUGGCACGGGGGCUAAGUGGGGCCCUCAUCACCUCCCUGUGCCACCUAGCUCACUUGGUCUCGUAUGGCUCAGCCUUUGCCCAAGCUCUGCUGAUAGGGUGCCACGCCUGCCUGGGCCCCAAACUGGGUAUAGGUCACGUCCCAGGCCUCAGGCUGGGGAUCAGUGUGGGACUUUGGGGAGUGUCUGCCCUAUUGUCACUGCCAAUCACGCUGGGCAGUGACACUUCCCAUGGACUCUGCACAGUGACCUUCAGCGGGGAAUGGGAAAUUCUGCGGUCCAUACAUGCUGCAGCCUGUUUUGCCAUCUUCAUCUUGUUGCCACUGGGUUUGUUGGGAGCCAAGGGGCUGAAGAAAGCAUUGGGCAGGGGGCCAUGUCCCUGGGUUGAUAUCCUAUGCGUCUGGUUCAUUUUCUGGUGGCCUCAGGGCAUGGUUCUGGGAUUGGACUCCCUGGUGAGGUCCCGGGCCAUGGUGGUGUCAACAUGUCUGGCCCAGCAGACCCUGGACGUGCUGCUGGACCUGGCAGAAGCCCUGGCAAUAUUGCACUGUGUGGCUACACCCCUGCUCCUCGCCCAGGUCUGCUACCAGGCCAUUCAAACUUCUUUGCCCUCCCUGCCUCUCUCGGCAGCACAGUCUUCUCAUCCGGACAUCCUUGGAUGCAAAUCCUAGCUCUCUUCCCACCUGUCAACCUGAAUUAAAGUCUAUGCUGUUUUUAUGAA